CCGUUGGUUGCUUUUCAUUAAUACCCGCACUGAGGCGAGUCGCGUAUCACUUCCGUUUCAUUAGGUCAGCAUCAACUUCGAAGGGCGCGAAUCCGACGUGUCGGUCAUCGGAAAGAUCCGGCAGAGUAUUGAACACACACCUGACCCAGCUUCGUUGCGACUUGCUAAAUCGUAUGGCUGGUCGGAUAGAAAGGGCUAAGAAGUACCACAUUCAGCUUAGCACAUCGUUCCAAACUGCCUACGACAACAUGCUCAACGGAUCAUCCUUGCGCAGAUUCGUGACUUAUCAGCCGGUGGAUGGAGGACUGGGAAAUUUCAUGUUCCAGUCUGCCAUGCUUGUCGGCUGUGCUCGAAAGAAUGACCGGAUUCCAGUACGCAUUACCCACGACUCUAGGUUGGACCUUUUUGAAGGGAUGGACAUCGGUUUCCUUAACCGGUCCGUCCUUUUCCCGAACAAUUCACGUAAAGCGCAGACUCUUGAUCAAGCUGCAGCAUUAUCUGGUUACGGCCAAUCGUGGAAGUACUUCCAUGAUGCGUCUCAUGAGAUCCGCGCGCUGUUGACCUUCAAAGAAACUAUCCAACAGGAAGCUAUUAACGCCAUCCUGGACGGACUGAGCAACCUGAGCAGGCGUGGCGUGUUUCUUAACCGCAUACAGCCGGUACGUGUAGGGAUCCAUGUGCGGCGGGGCGACAUCGUCAGUGACGCCGCUCAGACCGCUCAUGGCCACGUGGCCGCUACGGAAGAGUAUCUGCUGCGCAUGGCGCUGCGCAUCCAGCGCCGUUACCUUGACACCGUCUUCGUUAUCAGCAACGACUUGGAUUACUGUCGGCGAUUAUUCCGCGAGCCCAACUUUGUCUUCGUCCACGGCAAUGCGGCCGAAGUGGACAUGGCUAUAAUGACCUUUAUGGAUGUGAUGGUGAUGAGUGUGGGCAGCUAUAGCUGGUGGUCGUCUUACCUUAGCGAUGCUCAAGAGGUUUUCUAUUUUAAGGACUGGCCAAAUGGCAGUGACUUUGCAGAAGGAGUUGCAGCAGAAGACUAUUUUUUCCCUGCAUGGCAUGGUGAUAAUUAG